CCGCUCGGGGGUGGCCGCGGAGGCGGAGGGGUGCGGCGGGCAAGCCACCAAGACCACAGGGAGCCGCCGUCCUCAGUGAUGAGCGGCUGAGACGAGCCCGGGCGGCGACAGGUGGUGACGGCCGCGGGACCUCCGUGCAGCUGCACGGUCCAUUCCGGGACACAGACGCGGACAGCGGGGCCGUGCCGCCGCGGAGCGCCCUCCUUUCCCUCUCUACGCACUCCCUCCGCCGCUGCCCGCGAGGGUGCGGCGAUGGCGGAGCGGCUCCCGCCGGGCCCUCCCCCGGUGAUUUUUUGCCAGGACUCCCCGAAGCGCGUCCUGGUCUCCGUUAUCAAAACCACGCCGAUUAAACCCUCCUCGGGGGGGAGUGGGGGCGAGGAGCCGAUGCCCGUCCCGCCCGUCCCCACCAGCCCCGGCUUCAGCGACUUCAUGGUCUACCCCUGGCGCUGGGGCGAGAACGCGCACAACGUGACCCUCAGCCCGGGCGGCAGCGACAGCACCGCCGGCCCGUCAGCCCUCCCGCCCCCCCGCGGGGGAGCGGGCAGAGUCCCCGGCGGGGACGAGGAGAAGGCGGGGAGCCCGGGGAGCGGCGGCCGGCACCGGCACCUGAAGGAUGGAAUAAGACGUGGCCGUCCAAGAGCAGACACUGUCCGAGACCUGAUCAGUGAAGGAGAGCACUCUUCCAGCAGGAUACGUUGCAAUAUUUGCAACAGGGUCUUUCCACGAGAGAAGUCACUGCAAGCCCAUAAACGAACUCACACUGGUGAAAGACCUUAUUUAUGUGACUACCCAGAUUGUGGGAAAGCCUUUGUACAGAGUGGGCAGCUCAAAACUCACCAGCGUCUCCAUACAGGAGAGAAACCCUUUGUCUGCUCAGAGAAUGGCUGUUUAAGCAGAUUCACACAUGCAAACCGUCAUUGUCCCAAACAUCCCUAUGCCCGACUGAAGAGGGAGGAGCUCACAGACAGGCUGAGUAAGAAGGAGACCGCUGACAAUAAAGCUGUGGCUGAGUGGCUAGCGAAGUACUGGGAGACUAGAGAGCAGCGUGCUCCUGCUCUGAAGACCAAAGCAAUCCAGAAAACAGAUCAGGAACAGCAGGACCCAAUGGAGUAUCUUCAGUCUGAUGAAGAGGAUGAUGAAGAGAAAAAUGGCGCUCAUUCAGCUGCCCGUCACCGUCGCCUCCAGGAGCAGCGUGAACGCAUGCAUGGCGCGUUGGCACUCAUUGAGCUGGCAAACUUAGCUGUGGCACCCCUGCGACAGUAGAUAGGAGCAGUCUCUGCCCAUAAAAAAAUGUAC